AUGCUGUCCAGCAAUUGGGUUUUAGUUCCACCAGAUGCGCCGAAGGCUCUUGUAAAACCGAUGAAGCACGAAGCUAGCAAGCACCUCGAUGAGGCUGUUGAGGAAUCUUUGUUCGAUUACCAACCUACACAAAUAGUACGAGGUCGACUGAAGUUCAGCAAAGAUUGGUUCAAAAGAAUUAAAAGCGAACGCCCGGAACUGAUUUCAAUCAUGCCUUUAAAGCAAUGCCACUGGAUCAAAAUUCUUCGAGUGACUCUUCAUCAAGUGAUGACUCCGACUUCGAUUCUGGCGAAAACGAAUGCAAGCACAACGAAAGAGACGGCAUAUUCAAACGAUCUCAAAAAA